AUGGCUCUCUCCAUCUUCUUCUUUCUCCUCCUCAUUCUCUUCUCUGUUUCGUCGGGAAAUGCACAAUCAUACAUCGGAGUAAACUACGGCUUGCUCGCCGACAACCUCCCGCCACCAUCUGACACGGCCAAACUCCUCCAAUCCACCUCCAUUCAAAAAGUAAGGCUAUACGGCGCUGAUCCCACCAUCAUCAAAUCUUUGGCCGGAACCGGCGUCGAAAUCGUCAUCGGAGUAGCCAACGGCGAUCUUCCUUCUCUCGCCUCCGACGUCAACGUCGCUUCUCAAUGGAUCGAUGUCAAUGUCCUCCCUUUUUAUCCUGCCUCCAAAAUCAUCCUCAUCAAUGUCGGCAACGAGAUUUUAUUGUCGAAUGAUCUGAAUCUGGUAAACCAGCUUCUCCCGGCGAUGCAAAAUGUCCAUAAGGCCCUCGAGGCGGUUUCGCUCGGCGGGAAAAUCAAGGUGUCUACGGUUCAUGCGAUGACGGUGUUGGGUCAAUCUGAACCGCCAUCGGCUGGUUUGUUUGCUCCCAGUUAUCAGGCCGGUUUAAAGGGCAUUCUACAGUUUCUUAGCGAUACCGGGUCGUCUUUUGUCAUUAACCCGUACCCGUUCUUUGCGUACCUUAGCGACCCGAGACCUGAAACGCUGUCGUUUUGUCUCUUCCAGCCUAACCCUGGACGGGUCGACUCCAAUACCGGAAUCAAGUACAUGAACAUGUUCGAUGCUCAGGUUGAUGCGGUUCACUCAGCUUUGAAAUCGAUGGGAUUCGAGAAAGUGGAAGUGGUCGUGGCUGAAACAGGUUGGCCAACGAGUGGUGAUAUCAACGAGGUUGGUCCAAGUGUUGAAAACGCAAAGGCUUACAAUGGAAACCUCAUUGCUCACUUAAGGUCCAUGGUUGGCACUCCGCUCAUGCCCGGAAAAUCCGUGGACACAUACACUUUCGCUCUCUUCGACGAGAAUCUCAAGCCUGGACCUUCCUUUGAGCGAUCUUUUGGGCUUUUUAAGCCUGAUCUUUCCAUGGCUUACGACAUUGGCCUCACUAAAACUACUAGUAGUCAGGCGUCACAGUCUCCACCAUUGGGCAAAGAAACAACAUCUACGGGUUGGUGUGUCCCAAAGGAGGAUGCGACUGAAGAGCAAUUGCAAGCAAGUCUAGAUUGGGUUUGCGGACAGGGCAUUGACUGUCGUCCGAUAAUGCCAGGAGGUGCGUGUUUCGAGCCUAAUAAUAUCGCCUCUCAUGCAGCCUAUGCCAUGAAUCUCAAUUUCCAGAAAUCUCCUGAAAACCCGACGGAUUGCGAUUUCUCUCAAACCGCGAGGAUCACUUCCGAUAACCCGAGUUAUAACAAUUGCGUCUACCCAAGAGCAGGAGAGGUUGGAGAAGUUGGAGAUGGAAGCAUAAAAGGAGUGAUGAAUAAAUAUGUGACUUCAGACAAAGCAAUGGAUCAGAAUUGCUCAGAAUGCUCAUCUUUUCUGUCUUUGCCUAUCUUCAUCAUCUCUUUUUCGUUUUUCUUUCAUUUUCAUUCCUUGCGAAUUAUGUAG